GUUACAUGGUAGGCCUACUGUCACCACGAUAGAGACUGAGACUGGCCGGGAGCUCAUCCGUCAUUACUUAAGAUCACGUCAGCAGUGGCGUGGAUCACACGAUAUAAAAUAGGAGUAUAGGCAUGUGUGUCAAGGGGCUUUUCAUCUUCUUGAGACUGCGAAGACCAUUUUUGAUUUCCUCCGAACUCCCCAUAUCUGUUAACUCCGUCUAAUCUCUUCUUACCAGUGUAUAUGCAAAAUUAUAUGGCUCUAAUCCAAACACCCACAGUGUAUAUGCCGUCGUACAUUAUCUGAAGCCUGUAGCCUACGUUGUCUAGUAUAAAUAAGUGUACUUUGGAAUGUAUUUAUAACAUUUUCAAAACCAUAGAUGUAGCCAAAAACAAAAAAAAAACAGAAAGUAUUAAGUAUACCAGCAACUACAACUGGACUAUUUGUUAUUCUGUUUAAUAGCUGACCAUACAUUAUUGUACUUUCACCUGUUGUAGAUCAGUAUAAAUCAGUAUAGGCCUAUGUUACAGGUAAGAUGUGUACAUUUCAGGAUGCUGUCAUAAUGAGCCAAAGCACAGCAGUUACAGUUGUUGAAUGUAAUGAAAAAAAAUGGAGAGCGUUAUAUAACACUCCUUGAAAAUAUAAAUACAAACAUAAAUUGGUUUUGUUUUGUAGGCAGCCCCAGAUAUAACUACACGUACUCAGUAUGACAUUCCAAUGAAGUGGCAUGGAGACUUGACUUGACAAACAGUCUUUGGAAGAUAUCACUAAGACUUUCCCAUGAUUCCUGCCUGUGUUUGUAUACACUCACCAGCUGGAAAAGGAUGGCUAGUGUGCUAAGAUUCAACUCAUUCAAGAUUUCUAGGCCAGUAUUGGCAUUUACUGCUUUAUCAUCAGGCCUUACAAUGGUACACUCUGUCUUUCAUUUUUACUAUGUGAAGAUCUUCUUGGAGAGGUACCACAUUUCAACAACCUGGUUUCAGAUUGCACAGUUCUUAUAUUUGGUGUGGAAUACCAUCAACGACCCAUUGUUUGCAUACCUACAGGACAGCGCAAGAUUUAGAUUCCUCAAAACAAGACGUGGAGCCAUUUUAUAUGCUGCCCCAUUUUUUACCUUGGCAUUUCUGAUACCCUGGUUCCCAUGGGAAGAAGAGGGUAAGGGUAGUUGGGUAACAGGACUACACCUAAUUGUGGCCUUAUCUCUCUAUGACACAGGCUUCACUUUCAUUGGACUGGCUGGCUGUUGUCUAUUCACAGAGAUCUCCAGUCAACACAGUGACCGACUGGGCCUGGCCUGGAUGAGCUCUGUUGGAAACAUCGUUGGAUCCUCAAUUGGAGUUUACUCAUGUGAAUUUUCAUCAAAAAGUCUGCAGAACUUCAGCAAUUUCCAGGUGACUUGUGUAUGUAUAGCCCUCUGUAGUUGGCUUCUGAUGACCUACACUGGCCUGAAUGCCCAUACAGAGUUUGACAAGGCCGUGGAAAAGUCAGAUGAUGUAUCCUUUGAUAACCACCAGUCUUCAUCGAGAGUGACAGGCUUCACAAUGUGCCAACUCACCAAACAUGUUCUCACAAACAAAAACUUUGUCUGCUUUGUUAUUGUGAAUUUCUGCCAGGAAUUCCAAAAAACAUGGAUCUCCAACUUUUCUGUGAUUGUGACUGAAAACCUCAUACCAGCCACUACCAUUAGCCCUUACACCAGGGGUAUUUUCCAUGGACUUCUCAACACAUUUCCAGCUAUAAUCGUCAUUUUUGGGGUGUCAGUAGUACGGUAUGUUGGAUCUCAUAGGGUUAUCAUGUGGAACUUCUACCUCAAGAUAUUCAUCGGUCUCUUCCUCUAUGUUUCCCAUGGAGGCUUUGGCAACCCAUGGAUACUGAUGAUUUGCAUGUUGAUUGAAAUUGGUUACACGGGUGCAGCUUACAACCUGUUCACCAUGUCACUGUCAGAUAUAGCUGAUGAAGACAUGCAGAAGCAUAACCGAAAGCAUCCCAUUUCUUCCAUGAUAUAUGGCACCAAUGCUCUGAUAGUGAAGCCAGCCAACUCACUAUCCCCCAUGGUUGUGACAGCCAUCCUUAAUUGGUAUGGAUACAGUGAUCUGAGAGAGAAUUCUGAAGACAGGUCAUCAUGGACAGGCUAUACUCAACUACAGGAAGCCAUGCUAGCUAUUCUCUGUUUCAUGCCAGUGGUUGUGGGCGUGAUACAGAUGGCAGCCUGGUCAAGAUACACAUUACGAAACACACACAAGUCAGCAGAAUUAGAAAUCAUUAAAAGUUGACCAAACUUGACCGUUGGUUUGAUGGUAGACUCUGUUAACUGUGCAAGGUGACCUUAAAAAUUUGCUAAUAGGAGCCCUAUGUCAUAGCUAGUGACCUGAGUGUGCCGGGAAUAUUGAUGGUACAAGUACUUACCAUGGCAGCUGUGUGUCAUGGGGAUUGUAAUACAAUUAUUUUUUAUCAUGAAAAGUGUCUUGAAAUUUCAAUGAUACAUAUGACAAUGUUUUAUCAGAACAAAGAAGUGCAGUGUAUUGAUACAGAAAAUAGGUACACAUGUGCAACCCCCAAGAAAUCAAACAUAAGGUGAUUCAAAGGAAAGUUUUAGUAGGGAAUAAUCAACAUGUGUACACGUAGUAAUGAUUUGUAGUGAUAGUAAUAAAGUAUUUACUGUGUUAAGGAAAUGAUCAGGAUAAAGAAUGAUUAUUUUGGUGAAAUAGGAUAUACAUGUGGAAUAGAUGUUGUCAUUAAAAUGUGUCGUGCUACCAGUAAUUGGUAUAUGUCAGCUCUGCUAAAUUUGCAAUAUCCCCAUGCUUUGAACCUAUAGAUGUGUAGACUGUACACAAAGUUGGAUAAUAAUUUAAUAGACGAGUAGAUAGGAGUAAAUGUAGACCUUAAAUGGUUAAUGUAUUAUAGACAGAAAUUCACAGUGUGAAGGGGCUUGCAAAUUAUGGGUGACUGCCCUUCGGUCUAUUAAUUCUACUGCUUGUACAUUUGUGCAAUUGAAGGUUCCAGCAGAAAGUUGUGAAAGUCAUAGUGUUGUAGGAGAAACUGUUCAAAAUGUCUUGUUUUUGGUGCUAGUUUACAAAUUCAGGACUUUUUCUAGAAUUUUUUUUUUUUUUUUUUACAUUUUGUAUGUGGCAUACUUCUGUGUAAUCUGUUUCUUGUAAUUUUAGCUACAUAAAAAUGACAGGCCCUGUGUUGUGGUAAACACUUUCAACAUUUCUACACUUUUCAAUUCUUAAAAAUCAAUUUCGCUUUGCUUGAUGCUGAGCACGUUUUUCUGCUCCAAAAGUUACAAACAGAAUGUUUUAUAAUGCUUGAAAUUUCGGCAAGAGUUACUCAGUAUUUUGACUUCACAAACAUCUAAUUUCAGUGCAUUUUUAUGACUUUGUUUUUUAAUUUUUAUGUAAGUAAUCUCUUCUCUCUCCUUAUUAGUCUGAUACCACAGGGGCUAUAAGUUUACACCUCGUCUGUCAAUCCGUCAGACCAUGGAGGUAUAUAUUCUGUUUUGGUGAGUGAGUGAGUGCUUGGGGUUUAACGUCAAACAAUUUUUCAGUCAUUUGAGUCCUUAGAGUGCAUGUAAUGUGCCUCCCUGUUGCAGGACGGAUUUCCACCGCUCUUUUAUCUAGUACUCCUUCACUGAGACGACUUGCCGAAGGCAAAUAAGCUACCCACCAGAGCCAUUAUACUAACACGUGUCAACCAGUCGUUGCACUUCCCCUUAACGCUAAACGCCAGGCGAAGAAGGCACAACUUCCUCUUUUAUGGUCUUAGGUGUGACCCGACCCAGGAUUGACCCUAGAUCUACCGCCCCGAGGCUGGCGCAAUACCAACUGAGCCACCGGGGCCGGUAUAUAUGGACUUGGCAGUUUACCGAUUAAAACAUUCGUUAUCCUGAUAUAAAACUUGGUAUCAGGCUUCACGGAGACAAGUUACGGACUAAGUUUUGGACCAUUUCAUCUAGUUUCGUCAAGGCUAUGACCGUUCUUGAUCUGGUGUGGACUUUGACAUGGCGAAUAUUCUGACACCUUUAACUGGUGGGAACCAUGUAUCUUUUGCCAUACUUCCAGAAUGCUUGUUGAUUAUUCGUGUGGCCCUUCAACCCUCCACCAUAAUCUCCAUCCUACCCUUAACUCUGGGUGCGUGUAUGCAAUUACCGUUGUGAAAACACUCCACAUGUCAUGAAAUUAUGUAAUGGAUGUACAAACUUUUAUAUUUUUAAAUAUUUAUAUUUUUUAAAUAUUUAUAUUAAAUGUGUAUUGGUGACGGGGAUUUUCUAUUAUACUCUCCCACCCACUCCCUCUAAACCGUUAAACUACCGUGUAGCACAGAUUGCCUGAUCUUAAGCUCUGUUGUCUUGGUCUCGGUGUUGUCAUGUACAUGUUUGCCUAAGUGGGAGAGAAACUUCUUGUUUUCCCAUUGUAAUGGUGUUAAAAUAAUGCCCUUUAUUACUGAUAUUUAUAGCAUUUUAUGGCAUUAAAUGUGGACAUUUGUCACUAAAUGCAUCACAGGAGGCUUCCGUGGCCUGGAGGUUAGCUUGCUGGUGAAGCACAGUGACAUAGGAGCUUCUCACCAGUGCGGUUACUGCGAGAUCCAGCUCAUGCUGGCUUCUUCUCCGCUAGUACGUGGGAAGGUCUGCUAGCAGGCUGCGGAUGGUCGUGGAUCCCCACCCUCCCCGGGCUCUGUCCUGUUUCCUCCCACUACUUAUCCGGCGAAUUAUAUGAAUAUAAUAUGAAUUUUAUUCUUGUAU